AUGGGCGAUUUGCAGCUCAAUUCGAAAUUUGAUCGUAAUCUUGAAUCAAAAAAUAGAUUACUAGCCAUAACUCCCGUCAACGUAGUUCCAUCAUCGAUUCAAGUUGAUGCACCUCUUCACCAAAUUAUUUCGAGACACAGUGGCCGUUUAACGAAUAUUUUUUUCCGGAAAAAUUCUUUUUCUAGUCGAACAAAAAAAGAUGCCGCCUGUGAACCUUUCGAAGGACUCGAACUUGGAUGGUGGUCAGAAGGAGAAGUACCACGAAAUAGUCGACGGCAAGAAGAAGCUAAAAGAAGUGGUGAUCUUUCGAAUAAUCAAUUUUCCGGCUUAGCAAAUUUUGGUACUGGAAAACCAUAUGAAGCUGCCGUAAGAGCAUGUUGGGAAAAAUAUAACGAGAAUCGUCGAGAUAGAAUUAUGUCGAGUAUGUUUUAA